AUGGCGACGAUGCGCCUUGGGGUCGAGGAGACUUUGGGGGCUCUUAAUGCUGCCCUGGGGCCUGGUGGCCCCCUGUGGUUUAAGGAGACGCGCGCUCGCCACCUGCGCGCUCGAGACUUCUUGGCGCCUCGGCGCGCGCUCCAGGCCCGCCUCGGAACGGAGCAGGUACCCGAGCCCGUAGUCAGUGCUGUCACCGGCCUGCAGGGCCCCGGCGUCGCCCCGGUGCUGAGCUGCGCCGCCACGCCCGCGGGUCUGGAGCUCCAGCUGCGGCGGCCGGCUGUCUUUGAGCACGUUCUCAACUCGGUGGCCGCCUACGCCGCGCCCGCCGCGCCUUCCACGCCCGGUCCGCAUGUCGUCCUCCACUGCGAGGCGGUGCGGGGCGCUCCCUGUGCGCUCCGCCUAAGCCAGCUGCGUGCUGUUCUCGUGACCGAUCAUCUGGCACGAGCCCUGCGCGCUCGCGGGGUGAAUGUGCGCCUGGUGCCCGCCGCACGGGAUCCACACAUGCGAACCUUCCUGCAGCAACUGCGAGUGGACUGGCCUGCUGCCUCCGAGCGAGCCGCAACCGAAGCCCUUAGGAGCCGCGCGCUUGCUGAGCUGGCUCCUACCCAAGACGGGGAUGCCCUGACCCCCGGCAUCCUAGGCAGAAUAUGCUUGAAAGAGCUGAUGGAAGUGCAUGGCCUCGCAGCUGGCUAUGAUCCCAAUCUAGACAACUGUCUGGUCACUGAAGACCUUCUUUCUACGUUGGCUGAGCUGCAGAAUGCUGUCAGGAAUUGGUCUGAGGACAGCUCCCCAAGCCUGGCUGGGUCCCCAGAUUCUGGUGCAGACAUCUGUACUGUCGUGCAUGUAGUAAACUGUGAGGAGGAAUUCCAGCAACAAAAGUUAGACCUGCUUUGGUGGAAACUGGAUGAUCAGGCUCCACUCAGACAGAAGCACCUGAUCUGUGGUCCAGUGAAAGUAGCUGAUGGUCCUGGAACCUUGACUGCCCCCCAGUACUAUGAGCUUCGACUUGCCCAGGUACACAAGGCUUCAGCACUCAAACAUGGCAACCAUCUGACACAAGACCCAGCGUGGACAGAGAUCUUUGGGAUUCUUGCCGUGGCAACCAUCAAAUUUGAGAUGCUCAGCACCUCCCCACAGAGUCAGCUCCUCCUAACCGUGGCCGACAGCAACAUAUCUACGAAGGGCACCAAGAGUGGCACUUUUGUCAUGUAUAAUUGUGCCCGUCUCGCCACACUUUUUGAAAGUUAUAAACACAGCGUGCAACAGGGUCUGUACCCCACCUUUCCGUCCGUGAGCAGCCUGGAUUUCUCACUGCUGCAUGAUGAGGGUGAGUGGCUGCUGCUCUUCAAUGGUGUCUUCCCCUUCCCAGACCUGCUGAGCCAGACUGCAGCCCUGGCUCACACGGUCCCGGGGCUCCAUAUCACUGCACGGACAGAGCUGGUGUGCAAGUUCCUGGUGCAGCUCAGCAUGGACUUUAGCUCAUACUAUAACCGCGUACACGUCCUAGGGGAACCACGACCACACCUCUUUGGUCAGAUGUUCGCCCGCCUACAGCUUCUGAGGGCCGUGCGUGAAGUGCUGCACUCAGGUCUGGCCAUGCUGGGCCUCCCUCCACUGAACCACAUCUGA